AUGGGAUAUAACCCCUUCCUGCCUAUUGCGGGCGCCAGAGUCAAUGUUCUAUGCAUCCCAGCCGGUCCGAUUACACCAGAUCGCUUCCAAAAAUUUGUCAAGGCGCUCCACAAUGCUGCUAGCGUCGAGCGUAGACUCGUGGAUGCGACCCCUUCGUCCGGCUUGAUCUUCUACGAUGUCUCGGCGAGUCAAGACAAAUGGCGGCCACAUCUCUUCCCUUUCGAGACAAAUAGCAGGCCUCAGGUUGUUCUGGGCCUGGUGGAUGGUACGAGACUUCUUGCUGCUUCUGCAAGCGGCUCGCCGGAGACUGAGAUCCCCAGAAACGACAUACUUGAGACAGUCGAGUCUAUCAAGACCCAAUUCGAGGAGCAGCAACCCUUUGAGCCUGGACUAGUCGUGCGCCGGCUGAUCUACUGUGGCACGGGGGUCAACGCCCCUUUCGGCGGGGAUGGACUCAGCCUGCCGGAUGUUGAGGGCGACGAGGCCGCUCGUCAAGUUAUGGUCACCAUUUCACGACUGCUUCUAGAAGGUCUCACUCGCAUCGUCACCGACAUGAAAGAUCAGCCGAUUAGCAUGGUCCCUGGUGCCCGUGACUCCCAGGUUCCUCGACGCACUGGCACCACUCCUGUUCCUGCGAGCGGAAGCUCAACACCCGUGUCUACGAAGCCGUCAAGCCCGAUGCCAGCCACGAAUGGAGCGGAGCAGCAGAGCGACACCUCCCGAGGACGUUUCAACAUCAUUCAGGGCAUGUUCCGUGUGCAAUGCGGUUCUUGGAUCACCGCAAUGGACUCCCUUGCGGAAGGAGCUUCAAUUGCCCAAAGCGGACACGACCAUCUAUGGCAUGCAAAAGCUCUUGAGUACCUUCUGAACUCCAUGGUGCUUUUGGCUUGGUCCGACAUGACCUUCGUCGUGCCGCAAGUGUGUCGUUCUCUGCCCAAUAGAAGCGGAGCAUUCGGCGGAGAAGUUGUGCCGAAGUCAGGGGACUCUUUGAAAAUACUGGCCCAAUUGCUCCCACCGCUGGUCGAGACGAUUCUAGAACUCUAUGCCAAAGUGGCUAACCUGGACUUGGGCGGUUCUCUCCAGGAUGUCUUAAGGGAGUCCCGUGUAAGACUGGUGAACUUGUUGGUUUUCGUGAAGCGAGCAGGAGGAAUUCUCACCAAGCAGGGCCUGAACCAGAUCGCUACUGGUUCCGACGAUGCUUCUGAUAUGUCGAUGCAGGUCAAAGGAGAGCCUGUUGCCGUUUCGAAAGCCGGGCUUGCAAACAUUCUGAUCGAAACACUUCAGGAAGCUCAAUCCAGCAGAAGUCUUCUGCAUUACACAGCCCUUCUGGUAGCAAUUGCUACCAGUCUGUCAGUCUUGGGACUAGACCGCAAACACGCGUUCUAUAUCAAGCAGCUCAUGCAGCAAUUCGUUCCCAAGCUUAUAGAAGCGAGAAAAGUUGGCGCUUCCGAAGCCGGUGUUCAUCCUGCGGCUGGCUUACCGCCUGUGAGUGCCGCACUCCAGGGAAUCAUGCCAGAAAUGGUCGCGGGGACGAGGACAAUGUUGAACCUUGCCGCUGGUACCUACGGAGUUCCUCUGCCACCUGUCCCCCCAGUACGACAGAGAAUACCGGCAGAGUUAACCACGAUUCGUGAGAGACUCAGGGCUUGGGCUAUUGAGCAUGACACGGGCGAUGCCAUGCUGAAAGUGGAAAUGCUCCGGACAUGUGUGAGCGUCUGCGAGGCAUUGCCCGAUGUUCCAGCUGGGCUUCACUUCUCGUCAAACAUCCUUCGCACGGCGAGGAGAGUUGCCACGAUGCCAAAGUAUUCGGUAAACGACGUGCCUUUGAUCCCUGCCGAAGAGCAAGCACGCCUCCUGGAUAGCAUGAAACGUGCCGUUUCGGCGGCCUCUCGCUUGGGUUCAGAGGGCUGCCGUGCUGAGUACUGGGACGACUUCCUGGUCCGAGAUAUCCAAGUUGUCGAGCGAGACGGCUUCUCAAAACUUAUAGCGCACAAGCCUAGCGAUCUGGCCAUACGAGGGAGUGCACUUGUGGACGCGGUGCGAGAUCCGUUCAUAUACAAUCCAUUCUCGAAGGAUAAAUCCGUUGUUGCUGCUCCUGUCUUGGUGGCAGGGGAACUCUCGACCUUUGGCGUCCUCCUUCAAAAUCCUCUCGAGGUCGAGAUCGAGAUUGAAGAGAUUCGUCUCUUGAGCGAGGGGUGUGCUUUUUUCCCGUCGGCUCAUAGCAUCGUGUUGGGGCCACUGUCGUGUCAGCUGUUCGCCCUGAGCGGCACACCCACCGAGAGUGGCGACCUCGGAAUCACUGGCUGCAGAGCAACGAUCCGCAGUUGCUAUGAGCAGGACUUCUUGACCUUUCGUGAGGCUUGGAAACCCCCAGUGACUCUGAAGCAGAGAGCGAUCAGCAGAGCCAGACCCCGAAGAGGCCAACUCAGUGGGGGAAGCGGCGAAGAACCAGCACAGGUCGAUUCCCUAUCGGACCCUCCAGUACCGACACCUCUGAAGCUCAAGGUCAUCAGCGCCCAGCCUCGACUGGACAUCAAGUUGAGCAGCCUGGGAAAUCCGGCCAUGAUGCUCCUUGAAGGCGAGAGCCGUGUUUUCGAUGUGACAUUGAUCAACGAGGGCAAGAGCGUGCCGGCAGACCUUGUCUUGAUCACUGCUGAGGAUUCAGUCAGUGAGCGGCUGAAAGAAGCUCUUACGACCCAGGACCUCAACCCGGCGGAAAAGCACGAGUUGCAGAAUCAGCUCGCCAUCCAUCCAGCGAUCAAGAUCAAGGACAAGCAGCACCAUGACUCCAAACAGAUCCUAGAGCCCGGCACGAGCAUUGACUAUGGGGUCGCAGUCGUCGGUCGACCAGGGCUUGUCAGUGCCACUGUACAGGCAGACUUUGCCUUUCUGGGAACACCAUCUGCUGAGGUCCGAGGGACAUUCUAUACAAGACAAGUUCGAUUUCCUGUGGCCGUCACCGUCAACGGCAGUGUCGAAAUACCUAGAUGCAAUAUCUUGCCUAUCCAUAGCGAUUUUGGCUGGAGCUCGGGACAGGUCUCGGGCGAAGAACCAGUGCAAAACCAUUCGACCGUGGCAGCGAACUUAGGCAAGCUUUCCCGCUGGCUCAAGACCAGUUCCGAGGCAGGUCAGUACUGCAUGUUGUCGCUCGACCUUCGCAAUGUGUGGCCUCAGCCGCUCAGCAUCGAACUCCGAGCACGCAAACCCGGUGCUGGACCUAUAGAUGGCCAGCCUUGGGAUGACGCUUACUCAAUCAUCGAAACAUUGCAACCAGGACAUGUUGACCGCGUGGUCCUCAUUGUCCCUCGGAUCUUCAUUGUGGAUCCUCACGCCCCUAUACCAAAUCUUGAGACACAGAAACAGUUUGUGGUGACCGCGUCGAAAUUGAGCGCCGAAGCGGAAGCAGCAAGCCGAGAAGCCUUUUGGUAUCGUGAAGAGCUGCUCAAGAGCCUCCACGGUGUUUGGCGAGAAGAGACCUCUGGGAGACACGGAGAGAUCGACUUGAGAAAGGGCAUAAGAUUGAGUCCACGUAUGGUGGAUGCGCUAAAAGUCGAUCAUGUCGAGAUCGAAUACGCCGUGAAGGCGCACGAACAGGUGCCGGACGAUGGUGGACCUGAGGGCGUCACAGCUGUCAAACAAGUCGGACGGGCUCAUUUCUUGCUCAAAACCGAGGCGUUCGCCACCUUGUCCGUCACCAUCCACAACCACAGCCAGGAGACGCUCCGCCUCAUCCUCAGACUGCAGCCUGCUCUACGACACCAGCCUCAGAAAAUUGCGCUAGAUCUGUCGAAGCGGUUCGCCUGGACGGGCGUGCUUCAGCGCUCGGUGCAUCCCGCCAUCGAGCCCGGUGGUGUGUUUGUGGCCCAGCUAGGCAUCAUUGCCCUUGUCGAUGGAGAUUACGUGAUCAAUGCAUCGGUGGAGGAGGUCGCUGGUCGUCGCACGAAUAGCGGCACGAAGGCUUCCGACGCUGCGAAUGCGGGCACCGACAGGCGGAUCUGGCAUGCACGAUCGCCUUGCUUGAUCGACGCCACCAGCUAA